AUGGGCUGCGACGCGACCGUUGAGAGCGUCGCGCCCUUGUUCGCGUACAAGUCGAAGAACUUGUGCAUCGUCGUGUCAAAAUCCCACGUGUUGUUCAUCUGGAACGAGAGGAGAAUGUCCUCGACGGAGCCCUGCACUGUCGUCGUCGCCUUGACCAUGUACUGCCUCUUGUGGUUGUGCCCUUCGAGGAGCGCAACGCCUCGCUUCUCGCGCACAAACUGGAGGGUCGACGGUCCAUCGAGCAUGAGCUUGAUAAAGUCGGACGAUCGCUUCUCCAUGAGCUCCACGAGACGCGCCUCGGUGGAGGGCCGCAGCGGCUUGGGUCGGAGCGACUGGGCCUGCUCGCCAAAGAUCUUGUCUACGCGCUGUGUACCCCCGACGUACGCCAUGUCCAUCAUGCUGGUACUGCUGUGUACAGUGGAAGAAGCCGAA